CGCCAGGCUCUGGUUCACUAUGUCUAGACCAGACGAAUCACGCGCAGAGGAGAGCUCUCCGUUCAUAAACUCCCACUCGCGGAUAGCCUCCUCUCAUCCUCCGCUUCAUGCUCCACCUGUCCACCGAUCCUCACAUCAUGAACCUCGAGACUGGUCUUUCUCCCUGCCGAUUUCCUCAUUUUCCACCGCCUCAUUCGCGAUUUCAUCACCCCGACGGCGAGAAUGGGCUCUCUUUUUCCGCCAGCUGGUAGACAAGCGAUGGUGGGAGUCCGUUUUUCGCCGCUUGCGGAACAAUCCUCGCGAGUUCAUCGCGUCUUCUUUCACUCAUUGCGACGACUGGAUUCCUAGGGCGAGGCCAUACCUACCCGCGCUGCUGAUUAUCCUCGUUAUUGUCGUUCCGCUAUGGCUAGUGAAUGGCAUAUCCGGAAAGAGUGUUUCUCUUUCGGGAGAAGAGGAUGGGACUAUGAGAGGGGAAUACCAUGGCAAGGCAGCACGGAACGGAUUGGAUACUGUCUUAUGCCAUGCUGAGGCGGUGUACCGGGCCAACAUGGUCAACAGGAAAGCAUCUCUGGCGGGACAUCUACAACCGAUGCUGAAAGAUUUCCAUGACAUGCGCAUGCGCGUGCUCAUUCCCACGUAUCCUUGUCCCUAUGAGGAACGGGUGGGGGCGUGGGGAAUGGGAGGAAAGUGGGUGUGUUUGAUUCCAACAGCCAUUCAAGACAAGCCCGUUGUCUACAGUGUGGGCAGUGACGAGGAGUACUCGUUCGAAGAAGCCAUGUUCCGCAAAUAUCACUCCCUGCCAUACACGUUGGACCCUUUUCUUUCCCCUCAAGCCCAAGCGCGCAUGCAGCAGCUGCCGUUUCUUCACUUCCACUCUGUUGGUUUGGCUGGAAGAGCAUCCCUGGCUGACUACCAGAAGUGGAACCCAAAUGUCACAUUUCGAACACUUCCUGCGUUGAUGAAGAAUUUUAACCAUGCAUACAUUGAUAUACUCAAGCUCAGCUGCAGCGGGUGCGAGGAGGAGGUCAUAUUCGAUGCGUAUGAGGAUACUGCGGAUGGGACAGCAGGGGAUGACAUGCAUGGCGGCACGGAGGGCAGUUUCCAUGGGGGAACAGACGAGGGUGGGCGACACAUGCAGGAGGGGGGAAUGGAUCAGGGAGGAGGGAAGGCAGGUGAGGAAGGAGGCGCAGCAGUGGGAGCAGGGGCAGGAGCAGGAGGAGUAAGUGAGGGAGUCGGAAGGGGCAUGAGGGAGGAUAGCAUAGGUCGGUUCCGUGUACUAGCAGAAGCAGCAGCACAAGAAGCUGCACAAACAGACGCACAGGCACAAGAAGGAGCAGAAGGAGCAGAAGCACAAGCACAAGCAGCAGCGCCAUCAGUCGGCAGUGUAGAAGGCAGUGCAGGAGCCACUGCAGGAAGUGAGGCGGCAGCUACGGAUACAGAAGCAGCAGGUGCUGGUGCGAGUGCUAGUGCUAGUGCUAUUGCGAGUGCAAGUGGUGGUGUGCGGAACUACCAAGGGGGGAGGGAAGAAGCGGCAGAUCCAUCAGUUGGUGCUCAGCUGACCAUCAAGGGAGGGAGGCUCCCUUUUGGGCAACUCGUUGUCGACUUUCACGAGGCUGAUGAGCCUCAAGAGCUACUUUCCUUGGUGUAUUCCUUGGAAACGGUUGGAUAUCGAAUGUUCCAUAUAGAGGAUAAUCCUUUAUGUGACCUGUGCAUUACUGGAAGCUUCAUUCAUGACAGCUUGGUGCGACCAAGGGAACAGGUUGAAUGCGACCAACUACCUAGAGGAUGAUGCCAACCACAUCCACAUGAAUAUGCUAGCUAGUGUAGAUAUUUUAUCACUUCCAACCCAGAUAAUGUGCAACAUAGAGAGGGUCAUUAUAACCUCUCCUACACUCGUUUAUGACAUCUUUAACGGA